AACAGGAAAUACCGUAGAAUGCUGCAUGAGCAAUAAAGCGACGAAAUGAUACCAUUCGGCUGAAUGCCUUUGCUUCACGCUAUUUACUCAUUUUUGGAAGAUGGUUAGCUAGUUAUCUAAAUGAAUGUUAUCAGUAGAUAAUUAAUUGUCGUUCACGCAAUUACAAUGUCAUCGAGGAAAAGAUCCAAGCGCCACGAAGACGAGGAGGACAGCCGAGACCACAAGAGGCACAAGGAAUCAAAACAUGAUUUGGAUAAACUCAAGAAACAAACUAAAAAACUUCAACAAGAAGUACAAAAAAUAAAGCACGUUGAGACCUUUUAUGAAAAACCCCCUCCUGGGCUGAUUAAGGAUGAUGACGACAAACCUGAAGACUGUAUACCUGACUCACCGGGGAAUGAACAAGCCAGAGACUUUUUGGCCCAUGCUCCCACCAAGGGUUUGUGGAUGCCACUCGGGAAAGAAGUCAAAGUAAUGCAGUGUUGGAGAUGCAAACGCUAUGGGCACAGGACGGGAGAUAAGGAGUGCCCUUUCUUUAUCAAAGGGAACCAAAAGCUGGAACAGUUCAGAGUUGCACAUGAAGACCCAAUGUAUGACCUGAUAAGAGAAAACAAACGUAAUGAAAAGGAAACAAGGAUACAGCAGCUCCAGCAGCUGCUGCAGGACACCACCUCUGACUCGGACAGCAGCAGCAGCGACGGCGGGAGCAGCUCGGACUCCCCCGGCCAGCGGCGGAGCAAGAAGAAGAGGAAGAAGGAAAAGAAGAAGAAAGAGAAGAAAAAGCAGAAGAAGAAGAAGAAACGGAAGCACAGGUCCUCCAGGGCCAGCGAGCAGGGCUCCACGUCUGAGGACUGAGGUGGGGCUUCCUGCUUCCCGCCGUUCGCCCCCCCCCCCCUGGCUGACGGCUCCUACGGCCGUUGAACGCCUCGCCAGCUCGCUGCCUAAGCCGCGAAUCGCAGGGUGGGCCCUGACAGGCCUUUGUUCUUCCUCCACCGCUCCCCCCCCCCCUCCCGAGUCAGAACCGCUUAAUAAUGCAUGGAUCUCCAGCUCCCCCGUUUGCCGAGGGUGAAAGGUUAAUUAGGCAUCUUCAUCGGAUCACGCCGGGCGAGCUGUGACCCUGCGUCUGUUGUGUAAAUACGAUGUGUUACACCAGGGAUACUGAUGCAGGGGAGAUGCGCUUUACUGUACAUCCAGAUUGAAUGUAUGCAUCACAUAUCCAUAUAGUAUGUUGGAAGUUUGUUACCUUUACUUUUUCUGGUACAAAAAUAAAUCAAUCAGUUUACAAUGUUAUUGAGCCUUGUUUGAGAAGUGAUUGUCUAAGUUGGCUAAUUUGCUAGCCAUAGCUUCCAAUAACAGACAGUCUUGGCACUGCACCUUUGAUGUUUCAAGAUAUGUAUGCAGAUAUGUAAAUACAAAUGUAUAUUAAGAAGACUUCAAAUAAAUGAAACAAAAGAGUG